UCCCCGCCCCCGUGUGCUCCGGAGCGGUGGUGGGCCUCCGGGAGCCUGGUGCUCCGGGACGCCGGCGCCGUCGCGCGGGGCCAUGAACGGGACGGCCAACCCGCUGCUGGACCGCGAGGAGCACUGCCUGCGGCUCGGGGAGAGCUUCGAGAAGCGGCCGCGCACCUCCUUCCACACCAUUCGCUAUGACUUUAAGCCAGCAUCUAUUGACACUUCCUGUGAAGGAGAGCUUCAGGUUGGCAAAGGAGAUGAAGUAACAAUCACACUGCCACAUAUCCCUGGGUCCACGCCACCAAUGACCGUGUUCAAGGGGAACAAAAGGCCUUAUCAGAAAGACUGUGUGCUUAUCAUCAAUCAUGACACCGGGGAGUACGUGCUGGAGAAACUCAGUAGCAGCAUUCAGGUCAAGAAAACACGAGCGGAGGGUAGCAGUAAGAUCCAAGCACGGAUGGAACAGCAACCCACCCGUCCUCCACAGCCAUCACAGCCACCACCACCGCCGCCUCCACCGCCGCCGCCGCCACCACCCCCACCUAUGCCCUUCAGAGCCCCAACGAAGCCUCCAACUGGACCCAAAACUUCUCCACUGAAAGAUAACCCCUCACCUGAACCUCAGCUGGAUGACAUCAAAAGAGAGCUGAGGGCCGAGGUCGACCUCAUCGAGCAGAUGAGCAGUAGCAGCGGCAGCAGCUCCUCAGACUCUGAGAGCUCCUCGGGCAGCGAUGACGAUGACAGCUCCAGCAGUGGCGGGGAGGAGCACGGACCCGCCUCCCCACCGCCCCCGCUGCCGCCCUCACACCAGCAGUCCUACGGCGGCCGGCCGGACGUGGCCAACGGGACCAGCCGGCCCCAGGGAAGCAGCCAGCUCAUGAACACCCUCCGGAAUGACUUGCAGCUGAGUGAGUCUGGCAGUGACAGUGACGACUAGAGCUGGACCUUUGAAAGUCGGCCGGUUGGUUCACAGAUGCGCCGCACGCCUGGGCGACUUGAGCACGGCGGCCACAGCCAAGAGGCCCAGGGCGCGGCGGGUCGGUGCCUCGGAGACACCCGCGUUUCCGGAGCUCUCGUACCCAAGUCUUUCAACUUAGUGGUGAUGGGUGACUUUUCUCGUGUAAUCUCAUGUUCCCAAGUUUCAGUAGAGCUAGAGAAGACGUUACAGAAUUGCGUUUCUACUGGGUUAACACUAUUCCUGAAAACCAGCCAGAAGUGCCCUGCAGGGCUCCGGCCAUGGCUUCCCCAGGCCAGCGACGAGGCAGUUUCCAACCUCAGCGACCACCCAGCCGGCAGACGGUCUGCAGCCGUGAGAUGAGACACUGUCUUGGAGGACCCCAAGAGUGAGGGGUGGGGGGACCACACAGGGCCCUAUCAAAAGUUUGUUCUCGAACCACUUUAAAUCAUCGACAUGAAAGUGGGAAGGAAGCUUCGUGUACCCUGGUGUGUUGCACCUGUGUAGAAGGGGACCCCCAGGUGGGGAGCUGGUGGCCCCCUCCCCCCACCUCUGUUCGUUCCACCCCACCCCCAACCCCCACCCCUCGUUACAGCCGGGCGGCGCACCUCUGCUUUGUGGUGGCCUCCUGCUCCCAGUCAGGCUUUUCCCACUGUUCCCUUCCUGGAAUCCCCCUUUAUCGGAGCCAGACAUUCUCCUUCACGGGACUGAUGUGUCCCCUGGAACUUGACUUGGAGUCCGGCUCAGACUCGGUUCCCCACAGUCCCUGAGCUCACGGCGCAGGGUGAGCCGACAAACGCAGCAGCCAAUUCUGUGACUCAGUUGAAUUGGGCCUUUUAGUUCCGUGUCUUAGAUCCCUCCCAAGUGUUCUUCGUGCAGCGCGCUCGGGGCCGGGGCCAGUGAGAGAGAGCUACGGUGAGGAAACCUGUGGGAAUGGUGAAGCCACGGCCUGGUCGGGAGUUCCGCAAUGCGACGUGAACCCAUGCUUGGAUGCGGUGUUUUGUGUUCACACUUUUGUGCCGUUGUUUGUGCCUGACUCCCAGACCGAUGCGUGUUAAUUUUAUAGACAAUGUGAGCUACAUCACAAGGUUGCCUUCUGCAGUGUGCAGUUUCCGACUGAGUCUGUUGCUGCGAGAAACUGGUCGCAAGGAAAUGUCCACAGCGAGCUAGUGUGCACUUGACCCCAGAGUUAAUAUGGAGUGACCCAUUUCCACCAUUGGAAUGCAUGUGUCCCGGGAAGUGUCCGUCUGCUCUGGCUCCACGGGUAUCAGGAAGAUGAAGCAUAAUUAUUAUGCCUUGGGUCUCUAGACUCCUCAGCUAGGGGAAGGAUGCGCUCCGGAUGUCAAAAGGAAGCAGGUGGUCAGUGGUGGAAGUUGGGUGUGGGGUGAUGCUAAGGGUCUUCUGUUUCAUCCACAUGAGGAUCCCACGUAGCUGGAGAGGUACAAGGUGUCUGGGGUGCACUUUUCCACUCCACCCGUUGUUGGUAAUCGGGGCGCACCGCCCCUCACACUGGGUUUCUCAGCCCCUUGUAAGGGUCCUGUGGGUUUAAUGUCAGGUAGGAAUUUAGGAUGAAUUGCUAACUGCUUUGUAAUUCCUUAGGAAUGACAGCUCAGGGAAGGUGAGCCGGGAAUGUCAUGGUUAGGAGACUUGAAUUGUUACUAGAGGUGGGAAUUGUUUUCACUGCUUUGUACUUGUUCAAGCUGGGGCAAGUUCCAGGAACUUGAAUGAAAAUAGCUUUUAAUCUCCACCCCACACACCCACACCCACCCUUUUCUCUCUCCUCUCUCUCUCUCUCUCCCUCUUCCCCCCACCCCUUCCAGAGUCAAUUUAUAGAGACAGAACUGUGGUUUGGGGCAUGUCGGGUGGAGAAGUUUCUAUAGGAAGUCCCUGUGCCUGGGCCUGGUGUGGUGAGUGACUGGUGUUCUCGGAGCUUCGGACCCUGUGCCCGACUCCGCACAAUCCUCCUCUACCGCCAGACCGCACAGCCUUCCUGCCUAUGUGCCUUCUCAGCUGCACCCGCCCCAUUCCCCAGUCUGCCGUUAUCAUGGAUCCUUCUUGGGAUUUUUUCCCUCAUCCCACCCACCCACCCACGCACCGUAUCCCCCGGCGUUUCUGCGCAUGCUCCCCUCCUCUCCGAGAGUUCUCUUGGGUGUGGACUCCUCCAGAGGAGUAGGGAUUCUUGUUCUCUCUGCUCCCUGCAGUGUCCACGGGGAGAUAGAUUCCUCUGCCGACAGGCUGGAGGGGAGGAGGCGAAGACAACAGGGCAGAUGGGGGAGACAGGAGAAGGGGUCUGGGGGGUUGGAAUUGGGCAGGUUUUACAAGUUUGAGGUCUCAGAUCCAUGCUGAUUUUCAUGAGUUUCUGGUCUCGAAGCGAAAUGUUAAAAUUGCCUUUCACUGUGUAUGUCUACCAUCCUGUGGGUUAGGUGAGGGUUACAGACUGGGGUUCAAAACACCAGAGGAGUCUUGGGAGAUCACAGUGAAGAUGUGAUUUAGGGAAACUUUGAACCAGAGAUCUGUAGUGAUGCCAUUCAUUUGCUGUUUUAUUUUCAUGGCAGAGGUUUUUUUUCUAUGUGUGGUGUUAAUACUACUUGCUUCAGUGGUGGGAAACUUGAAAAUUCCAAAAUCCUUGUGUCCCUGCUUGAGAGGCUGAUUCAGUCGGGGCUCUCUGUGUGUGUGUGUGUGUGUGUGUGUGUGUGUAUGUGUUAUGUAUUUAUUACAUUAUCUUGAAAGAGUAAUCGAUGGGUGAAUAUUUGGUACAGCCAAAUUGGAUGUUUCCAGUUGGCAAGGAAGGUAUGAAUUUCAAAACUCAGGCCUUAACAGUUUCGAUGACAAGACCAACUGAGGCGUUAUAAAAUGUUUUUUUUUUUGGUUCCUCCUAUUACCUUUGUCUUGGGUUCAUUGUCUCAUUCUUUAAUGAUUUUUAAAACCUUGUGCCUAAAAGUUUAUUUUGCUUAAUUAUGAAGUAGAUCUGUGCAUGUUUACAUUUAUGUAUUUGCUCUGUAAAAGGUGUUUUGUGUUUUGUUUGUUUGGUUUAUUCUCUUUAAAAAAAAUCAUUAUAUUUAAGUAAAAAAUGAAGGUCAGCAAUA